UUCUCGGCAUAAAAUUGUUUUGUUUGGGAGAGCAAAAUAUAAAACUGUUAUAAUUUCGCAAAUAAAAUGCUUUAAUUAGUGUUUUAUAAAUAUUGUAUCAUAGUUCAUAAGACAGUGCUUUUGUAAGAUACACAAUGAGUAAUAUUUAUAUACAAGAACCGCCGGCAUUAGGCAAGGUGCUUCUAAAAACUACAGCAGGGGAGAUAGAUAUAGAAUUAUGGACAAAAGAGGCUCCAAAGGCCUGUCGCAACUUUAUCCAACUAUGCAUGGAAGGGUAUUAUAAUGGUACAAUAUUCCACCGAGUAGUUCCUGGUUUCAUUGUUCAGGGAGGUGAUCCCAAUGGAGAUGGCACUGGUGGAGAGUCUAUUUAUGGAGCUCCUUUUAAGGAUGAGUUCCACUCUCGUCUCCGGUUCAAUCGGCGCGGUUUAGUCGGUAGUGCCAACGCUGGCAAAGACGACAAUGGUUCUCAGUUCUUCUUCACCCUCGCUGCCACUCCGGAGCUGCAGAACAAACAUACUAUAUUUGGGAAGGUUACAGGUGAAACAAUCUACAACGUUCUAAAGCUAUCAGAAGGUCUGAUAGGCCCUGAUGACAGACCCGACCACCCUCACAAGAUCACCAGCACCACGGUGCUCAUCAACCCUUUCACUGACAUCGUACCUCGGGUACAGGAGACCCGGGAAGAAGAAAGACCUAAGAAAAAGAAGAAGGAGCGCCAGGGGGUUAAAAACUUCGGCCUCCUAUCAUUCGGCGAGGAAGCUGAGGAGGACGAGGGCGAGGCUCAGGAGUACCGCGGCAAGCCCAAGUCUACUCACGACCUGUUGGAAGACCCUAAGCUCAGCAGCAAGACAGCUGCAGAAUUAGAAUUAGAAGAAGAACAAAAAAGUGAGAAACCAGAAUUAACUCAAGAAGAAAAUGAAGAGAAAAUCAAAGAGACAGCAGCAGCCGUCUCCAGUAUAAGAGAUAAACUUAGUUCUAAGAAACGUGGUAAGAGUCCAGAGGGAGAUAGUAAGAGACAGAGAACGGAGAAGAAAGUUAUUGAAGAGAAGAAAGAAUUGGUAGAAGAUAGUGAUAGUUCUGUAGAAGAAUAUUAUAUUGGGAAGGAGAAAGAUGAUGCUAGGCAGAAGGAAAAAGAAAGAAUCCAAAAAGAAAUAAAGGAACUUCGAAAAGAAAUGAAGAAUUCUAAAGAUGAAAAGAUAAGAGAGCAGAAUGCAAAGGAACAGAGUGCCAAAGAUGACGCAAAAGAUAAAAAGAUUGAAGAGGACAAUGAAAUGUACAAGAAAUAUGUUGAGGAACAAGAGAAAUAUAGGAAAAUGAAGGAGAAAUUACCUAAGAAGGGGGCGGCCAGAAACGGGCGCCAACGGUCAUCCCGUAAGAUAAUCAGAAGAAAGCCCUGGGUGAAAAACUUGUAUGAAAACCGCGAAUAUCCCGACAACCAUACUGACGGAAAAUUCUUGCAAGAACUCAGAAAAAACUUAAACGUUCAAAAAGUUACCUUACCCGAAGCGAUACAAGGUUCUUUUCGCGUUGUACUAAGAUUAUGCAUAUGUGUGCUAUACGCUAUAAUUUUCGUGUAUAUGUACAACGAUUGGGUGCACACAUAUACAAUAAUAUAUACUUCAAUUAUCAUUAGUUUAUUUAGUUAUUUUCUUUAUAUAUAUUUCGCUGGGACUGAUGUUUUGAGGCAUUUAAAAACUGUGCUAGUAUAUGUUACUAUAGGGUAUUUACUGUCUCCUAUUUUACAUACUUUAACAGACACAGUUAGUACAGAUACUAUAUAUGCUUGGGCUGUCUUAAUGAUGAUUAUACAUAUGAUAUUUUUUGAUUAUAACGUACCUGCAGCUUUAGUAUCAAAUUCCCUAUCUAUUAACGCAGCUAUAUUUUCCUCUGUAUGUCUCGUUUCAAGAUUAUCAACGCCUUUCAACGCGUUUGUAUUAUUAACUAUAUCUGUCAUUCUAUUUGUACUAAGUCCACAGCUAUUCAAGACUAUAUUGCACACGAAAUUGUUUAAUAUAAUUUACUUUAUAACUUUAAUAUUAACGAUUAUUUGUUUAUAUUCAGUUUCAACAACUUUGUUGUGUUAUUUCGUUUUAAUUGUUUUUGUUUUAAGUGGUUAUUGUCCGUUCUUUUUUGUGUAUUGGCAGAAAUAUAAAGAUAAUAAAUAUGGGCCGUGGGAUGAGGCGGUUAUCAAUGAUUCUGAUGAUUUAGAAGAGUGUUUAUUUGUUAAGUGACUAAAUAAACGUAUAUGAGAAGUUUAUUAGUUUUACUGGUGGCAUAUAGUUCUCGGCACGAAUCUUGAGCUCUGACUUACAUCUGUGCAAAAGUGAUUUAUUAGCAAAGAACCAAUCCCGAGUGACGGCUAUGACGCGAUGCACUGCGGGCCAAUCACCGCUUUAGCCCGCCCCCGCGCCUCACUUCAUACCACAAAAGGGACCCAAUAAAUUACUUCUGCGCAGGUGAAGGUCAGAGCUCAAGAUUCGUGCCGAUAACUAUAC